CAGCCGCUCCUGUCCCAGCUCGGCCCCGCAUCCAGGCCGCCAGGAUGGACGUGUUCAUGAAGGGCCUGUCCAUGGCCAAGGAGGGCGUCGUGGCCGCCGCGGAGAAAACCAAGCAGGGGGUCACGGAGGCGGCGGAGAAGACCAAGGAGGGCGUCCUCUACGUCGGAAACAAGACCCGAGAAGGGGUGGUACAAGGCGUCACCUCAGUGGCUGAGAAAACCAAGGAGCAGGCGUCACAUCUGGGAGGAGCUAUGUUCUCUGGGGCUGGGAACAUCGCAGCAGCCACAGGCCUGAUGAAGAAGGAGGAAUUCCCCACUGAUCUGAAGCCUGAGGAAGUGGCCCAGGAAGCUGCGGAGGAGCCACUGAUAGAGCCCCUGAUGGAGCCAGAAGGAGUGAGCUAUGAGGAAUCGCCCCAGGAGGAGUAUCAAGAGUAUGAGCCAGAGGCCUAAGGGGCCAGGAGGGCCCCCCACCAGCAGCACAAUUCUUUCCUGGUCCCUGCCUCACCUCCCAGAGCCAGGGCUGUCCUUCAACCCCUUCUCCCCAAAUACGAGAUCUUCCUACACUCCAAGGCGCCCCCUCGGAGCCUGUGUUAGUAUCUGUCCAUCUGUCUGUCCUACCCGCCAGCAUCCAACCCUGGGGCGUGGACAGGGCCUGGCCUGCAGACGACAGGGGCAGCCUCGCCGCCCCACCUGUGUUGCCCUGCCCGCCCCAUCCCGUCCAGUGUCUGCGCG